AUGGCUUUUCGACUUUGGCACUCCUUCCAGUCUCCCGUACUCACAAAAUCCAGACCACGUACCUUCGUACAGAAGAACAUCGCCCGCUAUCAUGACUAUAUCCGCUUCUCGACCCCAGGAGGCUCCGCACGUCUCCUCCUCAAUAACCCCAAAAUCAUAGGUGUCGCUUCAUCUCGUGGAGAGCGACUGACCCAGGAGGACUUCUACUCCUUCGUCUCUCUCUCGCUUAACCCCGAGGAGCUCCGUCUAAGUCUCAAGAAGUCUUUCCAAAUAGACUGGGAUCCGUCAGCACUGCCAGACGCCUUAGCUCGUCAGGUCCUCUUCGUGGGCAUAUACGACGGUCAUGGCGGUUCCACGGUGUCCGGAUUUCUCCGCCAGGAAUUGCACGGUCUCUUCGAGAACGUAGACAAGUCACAAAUACCUGAGCUAUUUGCUUGGGCCAAGGAACUCGGCGGGUACUUCAAGCGGUUCAAGGGCGGCGCCCUGGCCCCUUGGAUACGACCUAGUUCACCCGAUGCCAGUCAAGAGCUGGACUUGGAAGCACGAGCAACCUUGGCGUUCUUUGAGGUAGACAGGAUGCUCGCAAUAGAGAACGCGGCCAAGGAGUGCGGCGCAACAGCUUCUGUAGUCCUCCUCCAAUCCCUCGACAACUCCGCCACACCUUUCUUCGCGUCAGAGAAGAUAGCGCUCACCGUCGCACAUGUGGGUGACACGCGUGUAUUGUUGUGCUCGAUGGACGGAGGCAAGUUCAUCCCCAUGACCGAAAACCACCAUGCCGACGCACGUGUGGAGACUGCGCGGCUCCGCAGGAUGAUGGUCAGCAGCCUGAUCGCAGACUCCUUUGGCGAGACACGGUGGAUGGGCGCGUUGGCCAACACACGCAGUCUCGGUGACAUGAAAUUCAAGCCCUACGGGGUGACCCCGGAGCCGGAAGUGCGCACGCAUCUCGUACAGGGCGGCGAAUUCUCGCACAUCACGCUCCUCUCCGACGGUGUGUCGUCCGUCGUGUCUGACGACGAGAUUACCGACCUCGCACGCGGCGCGCUCAGCCCGCGCCAUGCGGCACAGCGCAUCCUCGCGUACGCAGAGGAGAUGGGCAGUGAGGACAACGCGACGGUCAUCGUCGUGCCGCUCGCGGGGUGGGGGAAGGUGAGCGGCGAAGACAAAACGCGCGAGCUCCGCGAGUACAGACGCCGCAAUAUGGUAGGUAGCGAGCGGCAGAAGGAGAGGUGGAUGUGA